AUGUCACUUUGGGAGACCCACACGUGCAGUUGGAAAUUUUUUGGAACUCUCCACUCUUUUCAGGCAUUAGCACUAAGCAAGUAUUUAACUUCAUUAUUUUAUUUGAAAUGCCGCGAAACCUGCAACCGAAGAUUGCAUCAUUCCUACUGUCAAGACCUCGUUUUUUACAAACUCAGCUAUUGUGGAGAAUGCGAUAACCCGGAUCAGAGAAUGACUCAAGACAUUGAAAAAUUAACUCGAAUUCUGGCGGAAGAUCUUUUCAGUCCAGUAAUAAUGGCUCCAUUUAUAAUAACUUAUUAUACCUACCUUACUAUCAAAAGUGCCGGUUGGUUUGGUGCAAUAGCCAUUUACUUGUAUUUUACCAUAUCCACAGUUGCAAAUAAAUUCCUUUUGUCCCCUGUUGUCCGUUAUGGGAUGCAACAAGAAAAUAAGGAGGGAGACUUCAGCAGUAUAGCUAACAGGAUAUCUUCGUUUUCGAAAGGCGCUAAUUUCAGAACUAAACAUUUGGACGUACAAACAAAUUCCGAAGGGAUUGCUUUCUAUAACGCCGGAACUACGGAAGAAUGGUUGAUUAAUGGAAAACUUCAAUCUCUUAUUGAUGUCCAGAAAAAGCUAGCUCUUUGGAAAUCGUUUCUUUGCUUAAUUACAAGUUUUUUUGAUUAUGGCGGAGUAACUUUAACUUACCUCAUAAUUGCUGUCCCGACAUUUUUGACGCAUCAGUAUGAUGAGUUCAGCGGUGCGCAGUUAGCCGGGAUUGUUAGCAAGAGUGCAUUUAUUUACCUCUAUCUCAUAUAUAGUUUUUCACGCGUUGUUUCUCUUGCGGAGCACUUUGGAGAAAUGUCGGCAGUAGCUCACAGAGUUAUUGGUUUGCAUGAAGAGUUACAGAAGCUUAAAAAGGCUGCCAGUGGUCCGAAUUGUAAGACUGAUCAAAAUGAACCUGAGAUUGUAGUUGGCGGUGCUCAACACACUGUUACUAAUAAUAUGCAGAAUGAUGUCGCCUUGAAGGACGGCUCAACAAGGUUAGAAGAGUCUGAUGGCGAGGAAGAUGCGUUACUCCAGAGCACAAAUAGGGAACCACCUAAACAGCAGCGGAGUGUGUCAAUAGCUGUUGCUUUAAAAGAAGUAGAUAUUAAAAAAAUCGAUGAUUCUUCUCUAUUAAUAGGAGGUCUUACUCUAAAAGUGAUAAGGGGUGAGAAAGUUUUAAUUACUGGAGAGAGCGGCACAGGAAAAAGUUCACUUCUACGGGUCAUCGCUGGACUUUGGUCCCCAAACACAGGCAAAAUGAAACGGUUUUUGACCAACACUGUGGAAAAUAUGAUUUUUCUUCCUCAGGAUGGAUACUUUCCUCGCGGACAAACCAGUCUUUUACAACAGUUGGUAUAUCCGCUUGUAGCCGACAACGGUUCCCACGACGAGGCGUAUUUCAAGAAGCUUUUGGAGGAAGUCGACUUAGUGCAUCUUGUCGAGCGCUUUGAAUCUCUACAAAAACCGUUUGACGGCAACUGGUUUAGUUUUUUUCAAUGUUGUUUGCAUCAUGCAGGCGAAGAGCGUUACUGGUUAGAGAAUGAUAUGGAAGUGAAUGUAUCAAUGUGUGCUACUUUGUCCAAGGGCGAGCUACAACGACUUAGUAUUGCGCGUUUACUCUAUCACAAACCAAAGUUUGCAUUUCUUGACGAAUGUACAAGUGCUGUGAGCGAGGAACUUGAGACUAAGCUGUAUAAUUCAAUCUUAAAAAGUGGCAUAACUUUUGUUUCAACUGGACAUCGUACUAACUUAAGACGGUUUCAUGAUUAUGAAUUGCAUCUGGAAGGGAAUGGAAGAUGGAAUUUAACCGCAAUAGGAAAAUCUACGUAG